UUACCUGAAAAAAUAGCUGUCGGUCUUGUUGGACUAUGAAGUCCGUUUGGAAUCAUUAUUACAGUACGACGAAGAGAAUGCUGUUGUGGGCCGGCUUGUGGCCUUAUCAGAGAAGAAGGGAGAGAUUGCUCCGAGUGACUCUGUUGACUAUGACUGGGCUUUCUAUGAUAGUUCCACAGAUCGGCAAAUUCAUUAAGUGUGGCAAAGAUGUGCCGUGUAUUCUAGCAACUAUACCAACACAUAUGUUUCAACUUGUAGUUAUAGUGAAGCUAUAUACAUGCCAAUUUUACAAUAGCAAAAUUAAAUAUCUCACUGAUCAGAUGUAUAACGACUGGAAAAGCGUAGAAAUCCCGGAAGAAUACGAAAUUAUGAAAGUUUAUGCUAUAAAAGCGAGACUGUUUUCCUUCAUUUAUGUGUGUAAGGAAAUCAUCGCGUUCGAUUCCUCAUCAUUUUGCCUAUAACGAGAGACGACGAUUUACUCAUUUAUGUUG